AAAUUUUUCUACGAUAUGAAUUUAUCAAUUUCUCUAUAAUGAGAAUUUUAUACUUGAUUCGUUUUUUUGUGUUCUUUAAACACCGAGCAUGGAGUUCUUAGAAAUAGAUAAUAACGAGAGUUUGAAAGAAAAUGCUAUGAAAUUAUUAAACAGUUUUGAUGAAAUGUCAGAAAAACUUAAAAAUGAUGCAAAUGGAAAGAUACAGUGUGAAAAAGCAAUGAAGACAGGAAGUUACUCCGAGAUAGUACAGUUCGUGAAACAAUUAAUACGAUGUAAUCUUCCACUUUGUGCUAAUAUGUUGGACCAAUUACUACCAACCAUUAAUAAUCCAUUACAGUAUUUGGAACUUUUAUCCCUCCGAAUGAAGGUGGCAAUGUCGUUAGAAAAUUUUAUAAAAGCCAGAGAAUUAGCAGAUAAACAAUAUAAAAUAUUUAAAGACAUUUUAGAAGAUGAAAUGAAAAAUGAAUCUAUGUUGCCAGGAUAUCUCUAUAAAGCAUGGUUUCGUUGUUGUUCCGAUAAUUUCCAGAUUUGUAGAUAUCAAGGCCGUCUCGACGAUGCAAAAAAAUUUUUGGAUGAGGCCAUAAAGAUUUCUUCGGAAAAUAAUAAUAAAGAAGAUUAUUAUACCACUCGAGUAUAUGAAGCAGAUUGGUUAUUAGCUAUAGGUCUUUUGAAUAAGGCGAUUGAUGAAAUAUUACUUCCUAUAUUAGAAAAUCAUGAAAUAUCAGAUGAAAUUAGAGGAUUUUUACUACAAAAACUUGGCAAUGCUUGCAGAUCGGCAGCACAAUGGGGCAAAGCAAAAGAAUAUUUGAAAAAUUCGAUCAGGAUAGCACAAAAAUUAAACGAUGAAAUUGCUGAAUAUGACCGUUCCACCGAUCUUGGCAACGUUUAUAGAUCCGAAGGAAGAAUAGCAGAUGCAAUUUAUAUGCAAUCUAGACACAUGUGUUUCGCCUUCGAGAGAGGUGACAUGUGGGGAUUAUCAAUUGCAUGUUUCAACUUGGGUUUUUCGUAUUAUUCUGUACGUCCAAAGCCUGAGCUGAAUAAAGCACUAGUUUUAUUAACUUUAAAAUAUAUUUUGUCUAAGAGAAUGGAUAAUGAGCCAUUAAGAGGAAUGGCUCUUAAUAACAUUGGGAAGACUUUAUGUGAAUUAAAUCAACAUGUGAUAGCAGUUGAUGUGUUGAAAAGUUGUGUCGAAAUUGCUAAGACUACAGGAAAUGUUGCGGGCGAAGGAAUGGCAUUAAGUAACUUAGGAACUGUUUACAGAUUUUUAGACAAAUACGAAGACGCGAUUAAACAUCACCUUAGUUAUUAUACUAAUGCGGAUUCAAGAGGAGAUGAUGGUGGAAAAGCAAUUACACAAAGAGAAUUGGCUCUUGAUUAUAUGUUGAAAGGGGAUCUAGAAAAUGCAGAAAAAUAUAUCAAAGAAGCUAUACUGACAUUAGAGGAUAUUCGAAUUAAAAUUGGCCAAGAAGAUUCAUCAAAACUAGCAAAUUUUGAUAAAAAUCAAGCGGAAUCAUAUAAUUUCUUACAGAUAAUUUUGGUAAAAAGAGGAAAAUUUAAAGAAGCUCUAGCAUUAUCAGAAUUUGCAAGAGGGAGAGCUUUAAGUGAUAUUAUUCGAAAUAAAAACAAAGAAUUUAAAAAAUCUCUUAAUACCUGGCUGUGGGAUGAUGAUAUUAUCCUAAAGACGAAACUGGAUUCAGAAUUAGUCAUUUCAAUUAUAGAUGAUUUUUACAAGAAAGCAGAUGAACUGAAGAGUACAUUUUUGGUGUAUUCUAUAGUAAAUGAUCGAAAUCAGUUACACAAAAUUCAAAGAUGGAUUUAUUGUUGGGUAGUCAAAUGUAAGGAUGAUUUAAGGUCGAACGAAGAACGCAUUACUUUCAAUAGGUAUCUUUUAGAAGAUAAACUAGCUCAGAAUAAAUUGAUUGAUGAUCCGAAAUUCUUCAGUAGUUUAUGCCGAUCUUUUGGAGACGUCAGUAUUUCCGACGAUUUUCAGAAAAAUGAGAAGAAAGAGAUUAUACAUGAUAAAAAUUCUAUUAUUGUUAAUUUUCCUGAAAGCGAAGAUGCUAUCAAAUUUCGAGAUUUAUUAAGUUCGAUUGGUUUUUUAAAUCUUGAAGAUAGCAAAGAUACGACAAAUGAAGAAAAUACUCGUUGCGCAGAAAGAAAUAUUAAAGAUGAAAAAGAAAAAGUAGACAUAGAGGAAAAUAUGCCGCGGAUCUCUUUACGAGGUAACUGGGAGGAUGAAGGAAUUCAGCAAUUGAAGUUUUUAUACGAUAUUUGUAUUGGGCCUGUAGAGCAUCUAUUACCUGAUUUUCGAUCAGAGAAAAGAAUAACGCGUUUGAUUAUUAUUCCUCACGAGUAUCUCUUCAGUGUUCCAUUCUGUGCUCUUCGUAAUUCAAAAGGGACAUUUUUUAUUGAACGUUUUUGUAUUUCGUAUGCUCACAGUCUUCGAACUUUAAUAAUGCUUCAUCAAAGAUUGAAUUUACUUAAAGAAAAACAAGAGAAUCGUCCAUUAAAGAUAUUCUCGGUGGGAAAUCCCAAAUUAGCUUCUGGAAAAUUUUCUAAGUUAACGUUUGCAAGUAAAGAGGCAUUAGAAGUUCAACGUAUAUUUGGCAAAGAAAAUUGCAAAGUUGCUCUUGAAGAGGAUGCCACUAAGAACCUAGUAAUUAAAAUGCUUCAGGAAGUUGAUAUUGUUCAUUUAGCAACUCACGCCUAUCCUGAAGAUCCGAAAGCUUAUGAAGAAGAAUUGUCAGUGAAAUCUGGUGAUUAUCUAAUGAGAGGAUUCAUUGCCCUAACUCCAUCAGGACCAGAGUGUAACGGCUUAUUGUUAGCUAGUGAUAUUCAAAAACUUCCGAAAUGCGAAUGUCAAUUGGUGACAUUAAGUUGCUGCGAGACCGGACUUGGUAAAGUCACAGGCGAUGGAAUAGUGGGAUUAUAUCGAGCUUUUAUCGCUGCUGGUUCUGUUGGAGUGAUAGUUACUUUAUGGAAAAUAAGAGAUGAUUUUACACCAAUAUUCAUGGAAAAAUAUUAUUUAACUUAUAAGGAAAAUGGAGAUGUAGCAAUGUCAUUGAGAUCUGCCAUGUUAUUCUGUUUGAAAGAGAUGAAAGUGAAUCCUAGUCAGUGGGCUGCUUUUUCAUACAUUGGACCAAGUUAAACACACUAAUAAUACUUAUUUUUUUUUUUUUUUUUGUAAUUAAUUUUAAAAUUAUUAUAAAUUUACAACUUGUAAUUAUAUUUAAAAGUUUUAUAUGA